AUGGUGGUGCCCACAGGCGGAGCAGUCGCCAGCACGGCAGUGCCCGCGAGCGGAGCAGUCGCCAGCACGGCAGCGCCCGCAAGCGGAGCAGUCGCCAGCACGGCAGCGCCCGCAAGCGGAGCAGUCCAGCAUGGCAGCACCCACGAGCGGAGCAGUUGCCAGUGCCCCACGACAGCGCCCGCGAGUGGAGCAGUCGCCAACACGGCAGCGGCUGCGAGCCGAGCAGUCGCCAACACGGCAGCGGCUGCGAGCCGAGCAGUCGCCAACACGGCAGCGGCUGCGAGCCGAGCAGUCGCCAACACGGCAGCGGCUGCGAGCCGAGCAGUCGCCAACACGGCAGCGGCUGCGAGCCGAGCAGUCGCCAACACGGCAGCGGCUGCGAGCCGAGCAGUCGCCAACACGGCAGCGGCUGCGAGCCGAGCAGUCGCCAACACGGCAGCGGCUGCGAGCCGAGCAGUCGCCAACACGGCAGCGGCUGCGAGCCGAGCAGUCGCCAACACGGCAGCGGCUGCGAGCCGAGCAGUCGCCAACACGGCAGUGCGCGCGAGCCGAGCAUUCGCCAGCACUCGCGAGCCGAGCAGUCGCCAGCACGGCAGGGACCGCGAGCCGAGCAGUCGCCAGCACGGCAGGGACCGCGAGCCGAGCAGUCGCCAGCAUGGCAGGGACCGCGAGCCGAGCAGUCGCCAGCACGGCAGGGACCGCGAGCCGAGCAGUCGCCAGCACGGCAGGGACCGCGAGCCGAGCAGUCGCCAGCACGGCAGGGACCGCGAGCCGAGCAGUCGCCAGCACGGCAGGGACCGCGAGCCGAGCAGUCGCUAG